AUGGCAUUCCCUUUCGAUACUACUCAUCUACUAGGUCAUCUACGAGCUACUUAUCUAGCUCAAAAUGGUCAAGAUGGUUUUGCUAAUCGAAUUAUAAAACCAAUCAUUAUAGAAAAUGAUGAAAAUCAUUAUGGAGUACCUAUCCCUUCAUUCCCUAUUCCAGAAUCUCCUCCAAUCACUUUCCAAAUAGCAAGACAUAUCCAAAAAUCCAUGAAACAUAAUGGUCAUGCCGAUACAAAUCAUCAUCAUCAUCAUCAAAAUAAUACUAAUAAUAAUAAUAACACUAAUCAUAAUAAUACAAGAAGAAGAAGGAGGAAACUGCUGCAUCAUCAACGACGAAAGAGUGCUAAAUCAUUAGGACCUACUGAAGAAGAAGAACCAUCCGAAGAAUCGAAACCAAAUGAUAAUAAUCAUACCAUACAAGAAACCAUGGCUGAAUCCCUUUUAACUCCCGAAGUUGAAGAUAUCCCAUCAAGUUAUAAUAUGUUUCAAGAUGAAUUCGAUCUGGAUAUAAAAGAUAGUGAUUCAAAAUCUUCAAAGAAUACUACCAUAAAUACCACGGCACGUAGAGCUACUAAUAUCCCUUCUGAAAUUGUUAAAUUCUUUCAAACUAGUAAUAAAGAUAAAAAACUGAAAGAUACUGUGGAUGAUUCAAGUGAUAGUGGACUGUCUAUAAACACUCAAAUCCUAGAACCACAAUCUAUCAAGGAAAUAUCACCAGGAACAGCCAUUACUGAAACGAAAGAAGAACCAGAAACUAAUCCUGAGUCUAAAAUUACUAAUGGUCGUAAAAAUAAUCAUGAUAAAUCUGUCAUUGAUAAAUCAGAUACCAUAACUAUUGAUUCUGAUUUUGGAGUUCCAGUGGAUUCUAAUGGGAAAGUUGUCCAUAAUUAUGAAGUUCAUGAAAAAUCAGGAGACAUAGAUGGUCUGGAUAAUGAAGAAGAUGAUGAUGAUGAAGAUGAAUAUGAUGAUGAUGAUGAUGAAGAUGAUGAUGAUUAUGUGGAUGGUGAAGAUAGUGAUGAAUUCGAUGAUGAUGAAGAUGAUGAUGAAACUUCAUCUACUGAUUCGGCAUUCACUGAUAUUGAAACUGAUUCCAUAUUGGAUUCCUCCAUGUUAUUAGAUUCUUAUGUGGCCAAUUCUAAUAGUUUUUCAUUCACAAAUCAAAAUAAUAAUUCAGUAUUCAACUCCAAACGAAGUAGAAAGACAAAACGAACUUCAUUCGAUACUCAAAGUCUUUCCAAAACGGCUAAUUUCAAAAACUCAGGAUCUCAGAAUUCAGUCAUUAAUUCAAAUAAAGUAACAUCCGCUAAAUCUUCUACAUCAUUAAGUACGAGAAAGAACUCCCUUACAUUUGAAAAACUUAAUACCGACAAUAAUCUCACUAAAGCAAAGGGUUCUAAUUUAAGUUCAUUGAUUCAUACCAGAUUCAAAUCAGCUAAUGUCAACCCUUUGAAAUAUUUCUCAUUUGUCGAAACUGAUCAUGAUAAUGUAAAUAAAACUUCGGUCGAUAUUUUCCUUCUCCCAAGUCGUAAAUUAGUAUUAAAGGAUUUGAAAGUUAAUGAAAAUGUUGCCUUGGGAGAUUGUAUUGGAUUCAUCCUUUUAAAUCUCCUUAAAGUUCCUGAAUUCAAUAGUGAUGUUUCAGACAUGACGAAUUUCAAUCCAUUACAUUGGAGACUUGAAUUGGUGGAUGAAGAUGGAGAGGUAUAUGGACCAUUUGGGAUCUUAGAACGGAAUCGAAAUCUUAAAUCAUAUAAUUUCCCAAAAGAAUUAGGAUUAUCUAAGAUUCUUGAUCCUAAAGAAAUAAACAAGAAUGAAAAACUAUCCCCCUUGGCGAUGGAAUUUAAACAGAAUUUAAUCAAAUAUCAACAAAAUAGAGAUAUCAAUCCCGUCAUUGCAGAAGAAUCGGAACAUGAAGAAAAUGGAAAGAUUCAGCUUAAAAUCACUAUGCCGUCUGUGAUUAGUACUUCGGCAGAUUAUGUCUAUUAUGCAUCAUCAGAUGAUUCAGUAGGGUAUGUUUUACGAGAAUUUUGUAAUCAACAUGGAUUACCCAUGGCCAAGUUUUUAUUUAAGAUUGCCCUAGGAAAGGGAAAGAAUUCCAAACGAACUCCAAGUUCUAUGCUUGAUGUUGGUAAUGGAAGUUCACUGACUCAACUGCAACUGCAACAACAACAACAACAAACAAGAGUGGUUAAAGAUGAUGAGAAAGUAUCUAAUUUAGAGAGUAAUAUCUUAGAAUUGUCACCAAUUGAUAAUAGAUUGAGUUUCCUUGGUACUAGUUCGAUUGAUAAUCUGUUAUUAAAUAACACUAUUACUCCAUCAGAUUCAACAUUCACGAUGAAUAUUACUCCAGAUAAGAAACAAUUGGAAGAAAAAUUCCAAGCUAUGAAUAUAGAACCUAAUGAUACAUUGAUAGUGAGUAAGAAACCUCUGGGAAGAAGAAAAGAACCUCCAACAUUAGGUCCACUGGAGACUAAGCCGAAUCUUUCAUCUAAUAAAUAUUUAGAUGAUAUAAUAACAGGGAAGAAUCCUCUGUUACCUGCUAAUCUUAAUUCGAUUUAUUUCAAAUGGAAAGUAUGGAGGAAAAAGACUACGAUUCUAAAUAAAAUGGAAAGAUCAUUGGUUAUUGAUGGAGAUUAUAUUCAUUUAACUCCAUCUGAUGAUGCCGUUUUCAAAUUAAACCCAGCUGAUAAUCCAUUUGGUCAAAGUGAUAUUAAUCAAAAUCAUCAUCAUCACCAUCAUUACUAUAAUUAUAAUAAUUAUUACAAACAACUGAUGCAAAAGACAAGUUCAUUCCAUAUUACUCAAAUUGUUAAAUUGAAACAAUAUAAAGACUCUAAGAAUCCAAAUCAUUUCAAAAUCGUUAUUCAAAAAUCAGUGGAUACAUCAUCCACAACAGCUACAAAUAAGGAUUCGGCAGCCGUUAAGAAGAAAUAUGACCUUGAAGCCAAAAACAUUCAAGAAUGUCAGGAGAUUAUAGAUAAGUUAAGAUGGGUUCUUCAAGUGUAUAACGCUUCUAAUUUCUAG